CCCUGCUCUAGCCAGACAUGCAGAGACUCCAUCUAUAGCACACAAUGGGAUCUAUUUCUGUAAAUGCACUAGGGUUAUCACUCCACUUACCACAUGCUCCCUCUCUCCCUCUCUCCCUCCCUCUGCGUUUCUAACGCUCUCCCCCAUUACACAAAAUCAUGGCCGACAGGAACAGCCGGUUAAGUGCUAGGAAGAAGGAGAAUAAGGUGGAAAACAAAUCAAAUGAAGAGAAGGACAAGGACAAGGAGAAGGGGAAGAGGCCCGAGAAACCUGUGAAAAAGCCAGAGAAGACCCCCGAGCAGCCGAAGACAGAGAAGGAGAAGCCGAGUGGGGCAAAUGGGGGAGCAGCAGGAGCGGAGGCGAACAGCAAUGGGGAAAAUGGAGAGUUUCAGCCCAUAGAGCUGCCACCGUUUGAGAUUGUCACAGGAGAACUGAUGACCCCGUUCUACUUCAAGUUCCAGUUCAGGAACGUGGAAUACUCAUCAGGUAGGAACAAGACCCUGCUGUGCUACAGAGUGGAUACACCAGGAGGCACCACAGAGCCCCUGAAAGGCUACAUGGAGGAUGAACAUGCCACAGCUCAUGCUGAAGAAGCCUUUUUUCAACAGGUGCUGCCUAACGCCUCCCAAGAGUGUGAAGUCACAUGGUACGUGUCAUCUAGUCCCUGCGUGUCCUGUGCAAACAAGUUGGCCAACAUCCUGCAGCAGCGCAAGAAGCUUCGUCUGCUCAUAUUCUGCUCCCGUCUCUUCGAGUGGGAGGAACCCGAGAUAGUUGAAGGGCUGCGGGCUCUGGUGAGAGCCGGCUGCAAGCUGCGGAUGAUGAAGCCGUCUGACUUCCUGCUUAUUUGGGAAAUGUAUGUGGAUAAGGAGGAGGAGACCUUUACACCAUGGGAGGACUGUCAGGAGAACUACCUUUACUACAAUGAGAAACUGGCUGAUAUCCUCAAGUAGAUGUGAGGAAGUGCACAUGAUGGACAAGACCUUCACACUGACUGAACCACCUACAUAUGAAAUUCCCACUGGGUGAACGUGUGUCUUGAUGGUGCAGACUAGUAUUAGUUUUAUAGAAAUACUCAAGGCAACAUUUUUUUAUUUUUUAUUUUCACAAUUUCAUGAAGAGUCACAAAAUGCUUGAAAGGCAUUUUCGUAGCAUCACUCACUGUAGAUAAAUAUACAUAUCAUACUGGUUGCCUUUAACAUGAACGCUCAACUAUUUAAACAAAUUAAAUAAGCUUUGGUAUAUCUA